AUGUAUAAAUAUGCAUCAACUCCUUACUUGUAUACACAUAUCAUCACUACACGUGAAAUGUCGACAGUGAAUGAAUCAUUGAUUGUUAUUGGAGCUGGUCUACCGAGGACAGGAACGAUGAGUACAAAAAAAGCACUUGAAAUACUUUUGAGUCAACCAUGUUAUCAUAUGUCUGAGAUAGUUAUGCAAAAGCAUUGUGAUAUAUCUAAGUGGCAGAAACUUAUUGAUGAUGCUCAACAAAUACCAAACGCACCAUUGGAUCAGAAACUGUUAAAUGAAAUAUUUGAUGGUUAUACCUCUGUGACAGAUGCUCCAGCAUGUGGAUUUUACAAACAUUUAAUGGACUUAUAUCCAAACUCGAAGGUGAUACUGACAAUACGUGAUAAGAAUGAUUGGCUAUCGAGUAUCAGACAAACUUUUCUCCCGAAAACAAACACUCCUGAUUACAUGUUAUUUGAAGAAGCUAAGCAGAAAAUUGGACUCGGCCCAUCAUUCGCCAAAAUGGUGGAUGAUUCAAUGAGAUUCACAUUCCAAAAGCCAAACAUGGAUUUAGAUAAUGAUGAAGAACUGUUGGCAUGUUUUGACGAGCAUAAUAGACGAGUGGUGGAAACUGUUCCAGAGGAUCGUUUAUUAGUUUAUCAACUUGGUGAUGGUUGGGAACCACUAUGCAAAUUUCUCAAUAUUCCUGUCCCACAAAAUAUACCCUUCCCGCAUGUGAAUGACCGUGCAGAGAUGAAAAGCCGUAUUGAACUUAUGAAGAAACAGGCAGAAUGA